CUCUUCUCUCCUAUCACUUUCGUAGAUACCACCGGUCAUGCAGCCUUGCAAGAUUUGCUGCUGUUGUUCAGAAAACUUUUCAUUCAAGUUGACCCAUUCCUCCGCCGGUAACACGUUCACUGCAAACGUGAUACCGGCGGCUUUGAUGCGGAUCGAACAAUCCAAUUCACGAACGUUCGUGUUCACUAACAGUAAUGCCACCCCAUCCUAUCACCUUGCCACGUGAAGAUGCGUCUAUCGUGGGAUAUCUAUUUUAACUUGGGCAUCACAGGAGGCGCUGGCAGCACUGUGCCUCCCUCAAUGAUUGCAAUGCGUUUGGAAUCACUUGUUCUCAGACUGUCUCUUCUGGUGACCAUUCCAAAGCUCUUCGCUGGCGCGUUGGAGCAGACGACAGCAAUCUUCACGGCCCCAGGAGCGUUUCCAACCUCACUCUACUCGGAAUAUUACAAUAAUCCGACAGCGACGUCCGCUCAAGUGCAGCCAAUCAUAUCUGAUGCCAUUACGAAUGAAGUCUACCCGCUUAAUCUCACAAGUCCAGAAACCAUUCCGCUCAAUAACACGGUAGACCCACAUCCACUGCCUCCCACCGCAUCACCCUCUAGGCUACACGCUCAAGCCUUUGCCCAAAUCCAGUCGAUUGCUGCGAACCCCAUCUUCGGAGACAACGACUGCGCAAGAUGUCAGGCUGGUUUGGAAGUAGUCAAGUUUCUUGCUUUGGCUGCACCGGAGGAAGGGCCCCCAUUGGCUGUCGAGCUCUGUGAGGCUUUCGAUUUCAGCACGUCGUGUUCCGCUACGUACAAUAUCUUGGGACUUGGAUCAGUGAUCACCCAGGUCAUCGCUAACGCAGAUGUUGGCGGCUACGAUGGACAGAUGAUUUGCUCAAACUUCCUCGGCCUUUGUGAACUUCCACCAACGUCUGCCUUAAACUUGACGAAUUGGUUUGCGAAGCCGAAACCAAAUCCUCUGCCUACCCCCAAACAGCCCAGUGGAGAACGUCUCAAAGUUCUCCAUAUUUCUGACUUGCAUCUGGACCCUCGGUACGCAACGGGAUCUGAAGCUAAUUGUACUUCGGGCCUCUGCUGUCGUGCAGACAAUUCAAACACCAUUAGUCCGAAAACACCGCUGUUCCCAGCUCCUCGUUAUGGCUCAUACGAAUGCGAUUCCCCAUUCGCACUUGUCAUGGCUGCGCUUGAAGCCAUUCCAGUUCUCACGGAAACCGAGGGAACCGGCUUCGCUUUUUCUCUGUACACUGGUGACCUAGUUUCGCAUGAUAAAGAUAACCAGUUAUCACGGGACUACACAAAAUGGACCGAGGCAACUGUGUAUGACUUGUUCAAGCGAAUGUUGGGCAACGGAGCCGUCUACCCAGCACUCGGUAAUCACGAUAGCUACAACCAAGCGCAAGAUGCACCUCACGCCAUUGGACAAGGUCUUGCUCAGCAAUUCAGCUGGAAUUAUGACCAUGUUGCGAGCCUCUGGGAAUAUGAAGGUUGGAUAUCAUCAGAAACCGCCGACAUUGCACGGGCACAUUAUUCGGCGUACAUGGUCAAUCGGCAGGACGGGUUAAGGAUAAUCUCCCUGAAUACUGAUUUGUGGUACAAAGCCAAUUAUUUCAAUUACAUCAACCUCACCGAUCCUGAUGUUAGUGGAAUGCUGAGAUUCCUAACUGACGAGUUACAGGAUGCCGAAGAUGCUGGUGAUCGAGUGUGGAUUAUCGGGCAUGUUCUGAGUGGCUGGGACGGGUCGAACCCCUUGGAAAAUCCAACUAACCUUUUCUAUCAAAUCGUCGAUCGGUUUACGCCGCACGUCAUUGCCAAUAUCUUUUUUGGCCAUACCCACGAAGACCAGGUUUCUAUUUUCUAUGCCAACAAUGCAACCAAUGCAAGUGCAGAGACAGCUGGCACCAUAGCAUGGAUAGGACCAUCGGUUGUCCCUAUCACGAAUCUAAACUCUGGCUUCCGCAUGUAUGAGGUGGACUCUGCUACAUUCGACAUUGUCGAUGCUCAUACGUGGUGGAGCGAUGUUAACCAAUUCUCUGCCCUUGACAAUCAGACUGAUGAGGGCCCAACUUAUUUGUAUGAAUACAGCACUCGAGCCGCGUACGGUGGAAACAUCACUUGGGGCGAGACUGACCCAUUAAACGCAACGUGGUGGCAUCUUGUUACGGAAGCGAUGGAAACCGACUCCUCGCUUGUCACGACUUUCCACACGCUGCAAGGCAAAACAUCCGUCAAAACAGAUAUCUGCGAUGAAGCUUGCAUUGCGGCGACAAUAUGUUACAUUCGGAGCGGAUCGGCAAGUAUCGCGAUAGAAAAUUGCGAGUUAGGCUACGGAUCUGUGCAAUCUUGAAUGGUACUAUCAGGAUACGAUAGACAUGAGUCUAAAGCUGUGUGUUACUAUGCAAAAAGAAAAAGAAAAUUUUUAUUAAUUGCGC